AUGGCUCCUUACAACUUUGUCUCUCCUGCCGAUUCUCUGACCCCCUUUGUCGGCGACUAUCAGGCCGCUCACACUGGCUACGCUGUUUCCCAGUACAACCCUGUGUACUUUGCCGGCAUGGAUCCUAUGCAUGCUUCUGGUGGUUUUGCUGGCUACCCUGUCGCCCACCCCUACGCCCACGCCAAUGUGGAGUCCCCUGAGCCUGUAGAGAUUUCUGUUGAGGGUGGCAUUGUUGCCAUGAUGUCUCAGAUGUCCACUGGGCGUCGUGCGAUUGCUGAGCGAAUCACUCAAGAGAACCCUGACAUCGACUCAAAGGAUUUCCACGAUUGCAUCCUCAUCCCUUCGAAGACCGACCGAGAGGAGCGAAGAGAGUACAUUUUGCUUCUUCGUGAGUAUGAUGUUUCCUACGACAACAUUGUCAUCCUUGGUGAUUUGGAAAUCACUGCAUCGACGGUGCGAGGCAUUCAUAGGAAUGCAACUCGUCCCGCUGCCGAGCGUCCACGUGACACAAGCGACCAAUGGACUCUUGAGCAUAUUGCCGCCAUGCGUCUCAGCGUCAGCAUUAUUCAGCACAGAGAGGGUCUAGAUCCUUUGACUGUGGAUGGAAUGAAUGCCGUACCCUGGGCCAAGGUGGCCAAGAUGAUGGAGAACUCGCUUCCAGCGGGCUCUUUCAAGUUUUCUCCCAUGGCUGUCUCCCGCUACUACAAGGCAUUGAUGAACGAGGAACAAUAG